AUGACAUGGCAUUUUCAUGCUACGCAUGCAUUGGUGUUGGUGGUCAUGUUUUACUUCUUUAUUGUUAUUAUGCAUCAUGUCCAUACAUCAUUUGGUGACAUGCUGGUGAUAGGGGAAAUCACAGGUGUUCACUUGAUUUACUACAAGAUGGAAGUUGAUACAAGAUCUGGUGCUACACAACAGACCGAUUCUAUCAUUUUAAGAAAGAAACCUCGCCUGAGGAUUCAUGGGGGGAAUCUGACAGGGCUCAUAAGUUUGGGAAAACGGCUAACGACCGUAAAUAGAGAAACCUUCAAAAAGAAAUAUGGAAACCUGUUGGGCCUAAUGGAAGUGGAGGUACAGUUGCCCGCUAUCACAGCCCUAGCGCAGUAUUAUGACUCCCCGCUAAGAUGCUUCACCUUUCAAGACUUCCAACUAGCACCAACUAUAGAAGAGUUUGAGCAUAUCCUUGGUUUACCACUAGAGGGUACCACGCCGUAUCAGCACUUGGAGCAUCACGCCUCUAUAUCAACUAUCGCUGCCAUAAUGAAACUACAGCCCCAAGAACUCAAAGAUAGGUUGGUAACAAGGCAUCAAGAGCGUGGGCUGACACAAGGAUACCUUGAGCAAUAUUUGCACGACCCGGGCGAUAGGGAAGAAUGGGAGACCUUCAUGGAUGUACUAGCCCUCACUGUGUUUGGCAUUGUCCUGUUUCCCAAGCUGGAAGACUUUAUAGAUUACACUGCUAUUGAUGUCUUCAUGGCAAAAAAGACGAGAUCAGAAAACCCCGUAACAGCAGUCCUCUCAGAUGUGUAUGGGACUAUGAGUUUUUGCCAUGAGAGAAAAGGGAAGAGGAUUCUUUGUUGUUUGCCAGCGUUAUAUUCGUGGAUGACGGCACGAGUAUUUAAGGGGGUAAUCGAUGUUAGAAAUUCACCUGAGAAUAUGUCGCAUCAAGGAGGUAAUGGGUGGGCUCUUUUCUUUGCCGGUUUGAGAGAAGGAAACGUAAAAUGGCGCCUUCCUUGGCUUGAGACUAAACCAUAUAUCCAACAUUGUGGCAACUUCCCUAACAUACCUCUCAUAGGCGCUAGGUAUUGUACUAACUACAAUCCUGUUUUGGUCCAAAGACAGUUCGGAUACCCUCUGAAGGGAGCGCCUUCACCAGAUUAUCUCACAGCCUUCUUCAUCUACUAUGAGGACGGACAUUGUACUGAAAUGUUGAGGAGAGUCAGAAGUGCCUGGGAAAAUGUGGUGCGAGCUUAG